CAAACCUCUCUCCAGUUGAAAGUCAACCCCAUCACCUCAUUCUUGCUAGGUCAUCCAGUCCAUUGAUCUGAACCCCGGGAGACUCUAGACCCUUGUUAAACAUACCCAGUCUUGACAGCCAUGACGUCCAUCGGUACUGGCUACGAUCUUUCCAACUCGGUGUUCUCUCCGGACGGUCGCAACUUCCAGGUGGAAUAUGCAGUCAAAGCCGUUGAGAAUGGAGGAACAGCUAUUGGAAUCAGGUGCAAAGAUGGCGUCGUUCUGGCGGUAGAAAAGAUCAUCACCAGCAAGCUUCUGAAACCAGGUGCCAACAAGAGAACAGCUACCGUUGAUCGUCACAUUGGCAUUGUUUCAGCUGGUUUAGUCCCUGAUGGUAGGCAUUUUGUUUCCCGGGCGCGCGACGAAGCUUCUUCGUGGAGAAGUGUCUAUAAAGGGCCAAUUCCGGUUUCCGCACUGUCGAACCGCCUCGGCAGCUACGUGCAGGCUUACACGCUUUAUUCCAGUGUACGGCCCUUCGGAGUGACUGCAAUUGUCGGGGGCUGGGAUUCCGAAGCUGAGCUUGCCGUCGACGGCCAAGUCGGAAGUGGACCCGAAUCAGGCUCUGGUGGUAAGAUCCAAGGGGCCAAAACCGGAGGCCCUGGCCUAUAUAUGAUUGAGCCAAGCGGGUUGUACUGGGGCUACUAUGGUGCUGCCACCGGAAAAGGGAGACAGGCAGCCAAGGCCGAGCUUGAGAAGCUGGAUCUGAACUCCGGCAAUUUAAGUCUUCUUGAAGGUGUGAAGGAAGCGGCUCGGAUUAUCUACGUCGCCCACGAAGACAGCAAAGAUAAGGAUUUCGAGCUGGAGAUGACCUGGAUAAGCUCAUUAGACGGCCCAACAAAAGGAAGACACGAAGAGGUACCCAAAGGUCUUCUUGAAGAGGCGGAGCGGGCGGCGAAAAGGGCUCUGGAAGGAGAAGACGAGGAAGAGGAUGCGACCAAGGGAGAUGCCAAUGACAGCGAACGGAUGGAAGAAUGAAGUUAUUAAGCCACGAUUCAUGUGAGACAUCUUAGGAAACAAAUCAUUUGUCUCUUAUUUUUUUCAUUAUUUUCCACAACUGUACUACUGCAUUGGACCGCGCCCGACGAAUGAUUCGAUGCCAAUUGUCCCAGAUUGAAUAGAUAUAUCUUUGGAUGGUUUAAUGGACACCAAAUUGG